AGAGGUUCGUUGAUUUCCGUGCAACAAAAUGGCUGAGAGUUUCGUACUUUACGCAAAGCUAAGUUUCGUAGAAAAGUUUUCGUAGUGCUGUCGCCAUUUGUUUCAUAAAUACAUUUUUAAUAUAAAAAAAAAACAUAAAUAAAAUUCUUUUAAAAUUUCACGGGUGAAAGUGCGUCUGACUAUACAACAAAAAAAAACGAAAAAUAAAUUCAUAUAUAAAAUUAUAAUAGUUAAUUGAAAAAUUCACUUGAAAUUUCAUUGUGAGACGGAGUUCGGGAGACGGGAGACGGAAAAUGCAACAAGUAUGAUUCCCUAAAAAACGAAAUAUUUUUCCAUAAAAUAUGUAAAUACAGAUAGAUCCAUCUAUAUGCAGAUCUGUCAGCAAGAGCAUUCAGUGUUGGAUAUACAAAAAAAUGUAAAAAUAAAAAAUUAAAUGCACAAAUUUCUAAAGUUUAUGUAAACUGAAGCAGAAAAUUGAUUUAAAUAUUCAUAAAAAAUUUAUAACUAUCUACCACAGAGAACAAUUGCUAAAAGGGAACUAAUUGCAAUAAAAGCGAGAAACAUACGUUAAGUGGACAAAGAAGAGAAAGUAGAAAUUGCAUAACACACCAGAAGGAGGAAAAGCCCAAAAAAGACUUAAAUGGCAGCUUCUGUGGCGCAACUAGAUGUGGUUUGACGCUGCAACAAUUUUGAACAUAAAGAAAGCGUCUGAAACGAAAUUAAAACCCGAAGCGACAGUAGCAGAAACCACGGAAGCACAUCUCAGCCGAAGCAAAGAUCCCAAUUGGGCAAAAGUGCAUCGCACGCAGGCAAAGCUGAUAGUGCACAACUCAGCUGCAGCGAAGGACCACUUCCGCAACUGACGAUAAACGUUCGCCAUAAAUUCCAAGCUCACCACAUACACCGCACAGUUAAAUCAACUCCGAAAAAACCGAAGGUGGACAGCUAAAAGAGAAGUGUUCCACUUGAAUUGGCUGCUGCUAUUCAGGACUUUUUCAACUGCGAUUUUUGCCUCCAUUGCUUGCGUCUUCACACAAACCCAAUUCACACAAUCUAAUCGCGCCCAAUUCGAGUGAACUAAUUUAGUUUGUGCAACAUUUUUACGAGUUUACAUUGUUUUGUAUUGAAACAAACGACAAGUAACGUUACUGUUCAUAGACGCGCCAUCCUCGCCUCGGUCCACUUGCAACAAAGGUGAAUGCUGGUGCGUUCGAACGCUGAGUUGAGCUGCUGGGUGACGCGGGUUAUCAGUGAAGUGCAGGAGUGCGAAUAAUGAAGCACAGCAGCAGAUCGAGUCGUUGUUGCUGUUUAUUUUGCCUCUGCUGCUUCUGGUUAACGAUGUUGAUAGUUGUUCAAGCCUCAAGCGCUGUUCACGUUCCAACAGAAAUCUUAACAAUUGCUCUACCUAUAAAUAUGUGCAAUCAUCGCAGACAUCCACAGCCACAGUCACAGCCGGCAACAAAGACAGAAUACUUCCCCUCGACGAAACUUGAUGCCGAAAUACCAACUACAACACACACUCCGAUUUCACUUCUCACACUGACAACAACUUCAAUUACAGAAACAACGAGUCCAACAAGUCGAACAAGUCUUUUUCCUCAAAUUCAAACAAAUUCUAUUGGUAAUGAUAUGUUAGUAACAAAGACGUCGACGCCGGAAUUAACUGUGGCAAAUAACACAACUGGCGUAAGCAUAGCAACAAAUGAACUAACGAAACAACAACAGCAGAUACGAUAUGUAGAAACCAAUAUUAAAAUAAGCAACUCAAGCAAAAACGUGAUCCGACGUCAGCAAAAGCCACAAACAAAUUCAUUAACAACUUCUACAACAACAACAACAACGACAACAACAAUCAAGCCACGUACUCAACAAAGAAUAGCAAAAACAAAAAAUAUAAUAACAGCAACAAAACCAAGAACAAAUAAAGCACCCACAAAUGUUAUGACAGUGGCGCCAAGAACGUAUAAAACAAAGCAUCACUCCACAAUUACGCAACAGCAUCAAUUCACAUACAAUUCCUUUUUCCAUACUCUGGGCACAUUUAAUCAAGUGAAGCGACCACUACAAACAUAUGGGCGCUAUACUCGACAGGCAGAGGGGGAGCCAAUUGAUAAGUGCCGUUUAUUCGUUGAGGGCCAAGCGGGUAAAAAUGAACUUUACAGUCCUGAUUAUCCUAAUCAUUAUCCUAAGAACAUCAACUGCACGCGACUGAUAACAGCUCCGAAGGGACAAAUAAUUCGUCUGGAUUUUCGCAACUCAUUCCAUAUCGAAGCCAAGGAGGAGUGUAAAUUUGAUUUUUUAGAGAUUCGUGAUGGACAAUAUGGUUUCUCAAAUUUAAUUGGAAAAUAUUGCGGUACAGAUUUUCCGGAUGAAAUAACUUCAAAGGAGCGUUAUCUCUGGCUGCAUUUCCAUUCGGAUGAAAGUAUUGAAUAUUCCGGUUUCACUGCCGUGUACGAGUUCAUUGAUCGCAAUCGUGAAGCUCCUAUCACUGAUUUGAACUGUACCAUUGAUAAAGACGGCUACGAAGGUUUCAUUAACUCAACAGAUGUGCCGACUGGUAUCAAGGAAACUGUCACUAAAAACAAAAUUGCUUUGGACUGCAUAUGGAGAAUACAAGUCCAGGAUAAGUGGAAGAUUCAAGUCAAGUUCUUGCAGUUCAGACUGAACAAACCAAACGAUUGCAAUGUCAAUUUUUUAGAUAUUUUCCCUGAGCAAACUGUUAUGCCUUUAAGAGUAAAAAACUUUUGUGGAUCAGCCGGUGAAGGCAUUACGUCGGAGUCAAACAUUUUGAACAUGAGAUUCUACGCCGAACCACAGGCAAUCACUUCAGAAUUUUCCAUAUUGUAUACAGCAUUCAGAGAUCGCGGCAAUACUUGUUCAAGUGAUGAAUACGAUUGUGAGGACGCCACAUGCAUUUCAAAGGAACUCAAAUGCAAUGGACGUGAUAAUUGCAAAUUCCGCUGGGAUGAGGAGGGUUGUGAUAAAAACACUGCUGGACAAUCGGAACAUGUAAUCAUAAUAAUCGUAGUUUUUGGCUUAAUUUUAGGAGGAAUGGUAAUCACAUUUCUUGUAAAUUGCAUACGCAAAAUAAUGCGGGACCAGAAAAUCAUACGGGAACACAUACGUCAAUCAAAGGAGAGCAAGUUGGAUGAAAUGGGUCGCCACUCGAAGGCACGUUCACGAGAAAACAUAUCCUUAGUUAUGUCUCCAAGUAAAAAGCAUUCGCAAACCUCAUUACAAAUUUUGGAUGAUGUCACGAAUGGUUAUUACCGCGAGCUAGUACCGAUUUCAGUACAAACAAGUAAAGGCGACUUAAAGGAAAAGGAACACAGCAUCCUGCGGCAUCACCACGACAUGAUUGUGCAAACGAGUCUCUGUGGUGAUGAUUCGUCCGCAACAACCGCAGAAGCUCCCGCCAUCAUUGAAAAGAGUAGCAACGCCUGCGACAUGGGUUGCCAAACGAGAGAAUCGCUUUUCGCGCCAUCACUUGAAAGGCAAAAGUCUAUUUCAUCUUCGAUUGGUGGCAGUAGAGGAGUCGCCACUACAACGCCACGAUUUUCCACGUUUGGUUAUGAUAUGCCACCAGCCCCACCGCCACCUGCUGUUACUAGUAACACCAUAGCGCGCCGGAGCAUACGUGUGCCUCAUGCUAAAUCGGAAGUGGAUGAACUUCGUCAACAUCAGCACCAGUUACAUCAACAUCAUCUGCAUCAGCAUCAGCAGCAAGCACCAACUCAACCAUUGCAUCAGACCACCAUAGCAGUUACGACAAUUGGUAGACCACAAGAAAACAUUUGUCAUCAUCAUCAUCAGCAUCAGCAACAUUUGCAACAACAACAGCAGCAACAGCAACCAAAACUAAACACCGCACUACCGCAUACACAGCAACGCGCACACCAGCAACAACUUGUAUAUACGCCGAAACCUCAACAACAUUUGUCGAAAGCAGUUAUUACUCCCACUCCAGUAACUGCCCUGCCUCCGCAGACGACAAUCACAAGUUCAGGCAAGGUAACAGCUGCUACAGCUCCAAUUGUAAGUGGGAAAAACAAGCAACAACAGAAAAGCGACGAAUCGAAAGGCUUCAUUGACAUUAGGAAUUCAGCACCGGACGUGAUAAUUAUGACGUCCCAUUGACAAUUAAGGAAAUUCUGGUUAUAAAACCGCACCCACAGCGUCACCAAAAGUACUUAAGUCCAAAAUUUUCCUACAAGCCGAAUUAUUCCAACUAACCAUACAUUGGCUUCGACUUUCUCUGUCAUAUAUCAUUUUUAUUGUCUACAACAAACCAACAACAACCAAUAAAAUUGAAAGGAUCUCAUUGUACCACAGUCGAGACCAGAGUCAGAGUCAAAAUCAGCAUCAGAAUCAGAGUUGUAGUCAGAGUUGAAGUCGAAGUCGAAGUCACAGUGUCAUUUACACAAUAAUAAACGCGUAUCAUGCCUGCAAUUUCAGAGCCAUUGAAAAAUUAAUGGACGCAAAAAAUCGCAGUUAAACUGCCAUAAGCCACAACCAAAGAGCAGCAUUUACCCAAAAUGGUCAUAACCUUUUUGCUGGCUACUGAAGUCAUUGGUACUUGUACUGACGUUGUUGACUGGAUAGCACUUGCUGUUGCCGAAUUUAGCUUCUGUCUUCCUGUUGCUGUUGUUGAGUGGUACCAUUGCACAAAUUCACAUUACCAUUUCAAUUUCAAUUUCCAUGAGACAACAUUUUGCAUUAUUGGGCAUUGAUGUGCUCUGCCAUUCUGCCGUUGUCGCUGCCCCAUGGCCACAUGGUCACAUUUUUUGCUGUUGUCUGGAUUAAGAACUGCAAAUGUUUAUUUUCUUCGUUUCUGUGCUUACCAAAAGUGAAGAGUUAAAUAAAAAUUUACAUACAAUUCUCGCCAGCAACAUCGACGACGACACUGACAACAAAACAGCAGCAACGGCUUGACGGCAACAACCAGCAAUCACCAACAUAUGUAGACGCUACACACUUUUCAUUAUUGCACACAUUGACGCCAGUCUAACAUGGGCAGACAAUCUCACGCUCAGAUAACAAUUACUAGUUGGUAGUUGCUGGUUGCUGGUUGCUAGUUGCUAGCAACUGCCUUCAACAUAUUUUUAAUGUAAAGUAGGUGAUGUUCUCAACACAAAUUAGGAGCGUUCACUUGUAAUUGAUAUCGUGCAAAUAACUGCCGAUUGCUCUACGCGUAUACGCUAACCGACGAGACCAGAGUACGAGGAUAGCAACAUUAUACGUUCACAUGACAUGACUCAUUCAUGCAAAACAAAUUAAAAUUUCUUCAAAAUUAUUGCAUUUGAUUGAAACCCUGACAGAUAUUACAACUACGAAUAUUGUUUUCCACCAUUCAGUACGAUGUGCGUGUGUGUGAGUGUAUGUCAACAUGUGAGUAUGAGUGCGGAUAUUGAAAAUAAUUAUUGUGUUCAAUGCAAAAUGAGUACGAGUACACGCGAAAUGAUGACUUAUUACUGCAGCUCUAUUUGAAUUUGUGCGUGUGUGUGAGUGUGAGUGUGUAUUCGAUAUGUAUGGACACAUAUUAAAGCGAAAUAUGAGAUGUGUAAGUAGCUGUUGUUGCUGUAUUUUUUGCUGCUGUCAUGUGAAAAUAUUCAAAAAUCACGUAUUCAUUAGUCGAGCAAGAAUAACAACAACAAAAACAGCAAUAAUAAUAACAACAACAACAAUAGUAACAGUGAAGGCAAUAACAAUAGCGAGGAAUUGAACAAUUAUUAAAUGCUGUCAUCGUUAUGGUGUGUAGAUGUACAUGUACAUGUACAUGCGUUAACAAGUAUUCAUACAUACAAUAUAUAGUCACAUACAAUUUAAAGCUAGUAACAUUACAGUAAGUCUGCUUACGUGACUUUUUCUGCUAACAGCGCUUGAAUGUAAACAGAAGUGCGAGUGAAGCGUCAGAGGCGAAUUGAAUUAUUAGAGGCAUUUUUCCGGAAAUGAAAGGAACUUGAAGGUUUCGUGCAGAAGCGAAAUGUAUAACUCAAAAUCGCUGUAAAAUUUAUUGAGUCAGUAAAAUAAAAUUAAAUUCGCGACGGGUGAGUAAAUAUUCGAAAUUGGUGAGGGCAAUGGAAUUGUUUAGUGCAGUUCAGCUCUAUCCACUGAAUAGGUAAUAUCGCAAGAAAAUAAAAUAUUUGUAAAAUAUAUUUGGCUUUUGUAACAUAAGCAUGGUCUGUAUCGUUGGUUUUGGAGGUUGUUAAAUUUUUCUAUAGGCCCAAUAUUUUAUAUAAAAUAUGAGCAUUGAUAAGUUGUCAUAUGAUAUACGACUGUGUAUAUGUAAAUUAAAUAUAUAAAAAUUAAUUGUAAACAUCUCUUUUGAACAGUCUUUAGUUAUUUUUACAUGUCACCU